AUGCCAUUUCAACAGACGCUGCGACUUGUUGGUGUCUGCAACGUAGAAGAACUGGAUGAUACCGGUAACGGUUCCCAGAGCUAUUAUCGGCGAUGGGGUAUUCGAAACGGCCAACGAGGUGAUCUGUGUCUUUGGGUUUCCACCACCGGGGACAAAAGUUUCUCUUUCCAAUUAAGCACAACCACUUGGUUGGUCUUGGUGAACAGAUACACCAGGUUUGGGUUUGUUUCGCUGAGAACCGAGUCCACCACCGUGUCGAAGUCGAUAUCCACCUUGAUGCUUCUCACAGACUGUCUGGUAGCAAGCGAGUAUACCUUGAUUUGGGACUUGAAAGGAACGAUCGCAAACUUGGAGUCUGGCGAGAGCAGCUGGGCGCGGCCUAACAGACGGCCACCGGCACCAAAAUUGAGGUGUUUCUCUUGUGGCAAAGUCGUUGGUGACAAGUGGGAGACGUAUCUCCAGUACCUUCAGGAGGACAACAUGACGGAGGGAGAUGCUCUGGACCGUUUGAAGCUCAAGAGAUACUGCUGUAGACGUAUGGUGCUGACACAUGUGGACCUGAUUGAGAAGUUCCUGAGAUACAACCCGCUGGAGAAGAAGGAGAUCGAGGGAGAGCAGUACUAG